CGUCGUCAAUUCGCUACAAAAUUUUGCGUAUCCCCCACGCAUCCGCGACGUUCUCGCUGUGCCGCCGCGGCGGGUUCACGGCGCAUCCGCUCCGCCCCGCAGUCGCUCGCAAACCGCUACUAUGGAUAAGGCCCUUAAGGGUGGAGCAGCCGUUGUACCUGAUACAGCGUUUAGGUUGUUGAUGUCUAUGGGCUCUAUGGUAACCACUUAACACCAGUUAGGCCGUGAGACUGUCUGCCAUUUUAUUGAUUUAAAACCUUUAUACUCGAGUCUCAUUGCUUAGCAACAACAUAACAACAAAUAUAUUUUCAACAAGCAAUCAAUAUAAAUAAUUGGGUGUACCGUGAUAUCUUUAGAAGUAAAGCAACAAAUAGGAAAUCAAAUAUAUUUUAAAUAAAUUCGUUAUAAAAUGUUGUCUAUACCGGAGAGAGCAGCACAAAUUAUAGACACACAGGAGCAGCAAUUAGACGAAAUCAAUUCUCGGACUAUUUUCUUAGCAGGCAGUAAAAACGUGGGUAAAUCAACACUGCUUCAUAUGUUUUUGGAAAAAUUAGAAACUCCACGGAACACUCUUGUGUUAGAAUAUUCAUUUGGAAGAAAAACAAAUCUUAAGCAAGCAAUUGAUAAAAACGUGUGUCAUAUUUGGGAAUACGGUGGAAAAUUAGACAUGUUAAAGAAUGUUUUGCCUGUGCUGCCUAAAACGAAGAAUUACUAUUAUUGUAUAAUGGUUGAUCUGAGUAAACCGAAGACCUUAUUGCAAACCAUCGAAAUAUGUGUUCAUGCAAUGAAUGAAACACAAUCUAUAUCCGAUAAUUGUGUAACAAACUUGAUUAUUUUGUGUGGAAAAUAUGACCUGUUUAAGAAUUUUGAUACAGAAGCUAAAAAGAUUGUCUGCAGUACUCUUAGAAGUGUGGCACUACUUAAUGGCGCGCACUUAAUGUUUUAUUCAUCCAAAGAAUCGAUGUUAGUUAAACGAGCUAAAGACAUUUUUAGCAGUAUUGGUUUUGAGAAUGGGAUUUCUAUCAAAGACAAACAAACAAAUCCUACAAAACCACUUUUUAUAAAUAAAGGGGCAGAUACCUGGGAAAAUAUUGGGGUGGCAAGAUCGACUUUCGAUGAGAUAAAGCAAAGGUAUUACUCUAAAAUACCUCUUGAUUCGUCGGGUGAUGUUACGACUGUUAAAACAGGACUAAAGAAGACGCACCCUGAGGCCGACAUCGAUAAACUCAUCGCUCUCAAGUACGAUGAAUUACGUGAAAUGGAAACACUCGAAAUCGACAUAAUGUCCAUUGUUGACUAUUUAUGUUAAAUAAGCCUAUGAAAAUAACGU